AUGUGGUCAAACUAUGGACAUGGAACUCAAUCAAGUACUCGGACAUGUACUAACCCAGCUCCAAAAUAUGGAGGUACUUAUUGUACGGAAGAAAAUACUGAAAUUCAUCCAUGUUCGGUAAAAUUCUGUCCUAGUGAUGGUGAAUGGGGUGGUUGGACACAGCCUGUUUGUACAGGUGUAGGUUUAUGUCUGAGACGAAGACUUUGUGAUAGUCCACUCCCAAACAAUGGUGGCAGGUCAUGUGUUUGUGAAGCUGUUGAAGAUGUGAUGUGUGAAGAUAAGUGUCAAGAUAAUCUACGUAGUGUUAACAAAGGACUGUCAACUGGAACUAUUCGAGGCCAACUGAAUAAUCAGAACAUUGGAACCAUUCAUCUUAAUGCUAAUCUGUCCACUUCUGCUUCAAAUCUUUCUACUAAUUACGAAUUCCAUUUAAGUGAUAUACCAAUAGAAGGUAGUCAAUGUUCACAAGCUUUAACUGAAAUUUUUCUUCCUGGCACUGGGUAUGCAGCAAAAGAGGUAUCUGGUGCGUCUAGUGGUCAUACAAUUAUGGAUACAUUGAACGGAAUCACAUGGGAAUCAGUUGGUCAGUUUGCUGAUGGCAGUACAAUGCAAAUGAGCCAAAGUGUAUUACGAUCAAAUGAUUCAGUUGUGUCAACUUCAAAUAAAUCCAUUGUUCAUCUGACAACGGAUAUUUAUUUAUCUGGAUCUUGUACAUCGUCUUUAAUUGAUCCUAAGACAACUUCAAGUCCUGAAGUUGAACUACAUGAUUUUCAUGAAAACCUGGUACAAUUAAGCCCUCAAAAAGGCAUCCUGCAUAGUCAUUCGUCCAGAGCAUUCACGGUUUAUAAUUUAGAGAGAGCAAAAUCACAAAUGGAACCUUAUUCAUGGAUUUCUACGACCCAGAUUGUUCUCAAGAGAAGACACACUUAA